AUGACGAUUUUUCAAACGUUCAAGAUCUUGGGUACAAGAUAUCAAGAAAUAUCUGUACCGAAGGUCUUGCUUUCAAAUGUGUAUGAAAAAUUAGAAAGAAACGCCAAGUUUGGUCAACAAAUUUUAUCGUUAUCUUUAAUCGGUGACAAACGUUUUAAUUUUAAUCAAUUAACAAAAGUAUUAAAACUGUUGCCAAAUUUAACACGUUUGAUGGUUGAAAUAAAUGCCCUGCGCGGUCCCGGGGCAGCGGUUGUACAUUUGCCAUCACUAGAAGACAUAACGCUGAAGAUCGAUUUUCAUACAACUCGUUAUACCUUGGAAGACAUAUUAUUAUGUUUUCCAAAUUUGCAGAAUUUUGAAUUAAGUGGUGUGUGUAACAAUACAGACAUGGUGUGA